UUUGCAGUCAAAGAUACCAGCUCAAUAUGGACCGUCAACCGCAGUCCACAACCACAACCACACUCCAGCAGGCGGCGAAGCUACUGGAGCAGGCGCAACAGCGGCUGAGGACGGCCAGCCAAACAGAGGCCACCAACACCACCACGGCAGCACGGGUCCGACAGAUGCCCACGGCACAGCUUCAGCGGGACCCGGUUCUGUGGGCCGCAUACACGCGGGGGUGGGAGGACCGCACCGCCGUGUUCCGGAGGGCAACACGGGACGCCCCAGCUGCUGCAAUGCGGCUAAACCGGUCGCGCAGCCCCAGGCGGGCAGUACGCGCUACGGCCCGAAGCCAGCCACCACCACGCCCGCUGAUGGAAAGGCCGGUACCGGCACCACGGGCAACGCAAACCAACACUGGUACACUACCAGCACCCGCCGCAGCACCAACAGAAACCGCCCGCCAACGUCGGAACAAAGAGCGGCUCCGGGAGUUCCGCGAAAAGAAGCGACAAGCUUCCCAGCAGCACCGUCUGGAGCAACCGACGGCCACCGCACCUCCCAACCAAACCCCCCCAACUACCGACGACUCUAUGGACACCGAGGGCACCGUACCGGAAGUGACCGCCACUUCC